GAUACAGACUGCAUAAGUAUUGUUUUAAUGUACCAUGAUCUUAGCCGUAAAGCUUUAAAUUAAACGUCGUAACGUUGGAAUAACUAGGUUGUGUUGCUGUAAAAACACUGAAUUGAAAUCGCGUGGUAGAUUUUUAACGCAGAAUUUAGUUGGGCCAUCGGACGUCUUUAAGAUGGAUGGUGAGGACGAUCUGGACAUUUUGACAGCCUUACUGGCUGAGAGUGAAGGCGGAUGUGAAGAGCAGGAAGAACAACAGCAAGUGGAUGAUUUGAAUGACCUGUUUGAUGAGGAGGACGAUGGUGAAGAAUACAAGGAGGAUCCUGAAGAGGAUAAACAGAAGUCAGAUGAAGCUGCUUCUGAUCUCUUUGGAGAUGAUGGCGAUGAUGACAUAAAACAAGAAACCGUGAUAAAAGAAACGGAAAAUACAAGCAAACCUGGUGACAGUCUGAACAAGUCCAGAGAUGACUUACAAGAGGAGUUGAGGCGAAUGCAGGAGAAGAUGCAACAGCUGCAGCAGCAGCUGGAGGCUAGUCAGAAGGUUUCCUCCGCCACCGUGACGUCACCUGCUCCCAAACCAACCCCCUCAAGAAAACCUGCAUCCAACGUUUCUUCUGUCAAAUCGGCAUCCAAGACCAAGAAACUGACAUUGACAUCACCACCCACUCCAGUAGCAGGAACCUCAAAGCUCCAAGAGUCCCCUGACUUCUUUGCCCAGCUGAAUAACGCUGACAAUGUCAAAUCCAAAGCCAGAGUCGCCCACCAGCCCAAAGCUUCUAGUUCGCCGGAAGGCAGGGGUCCACUGGUGGAGAUCAAGCUGAGCAGCUCCUUCCAGCCUGUAGAAAGUAAAGCCGUAAACCCUCAACGCUCCCCCACAGCCAGUCAGUCCAGACUCAGCCAGCCUAAACCCGUGUCACUCCCACCUCUGCCAAAAGACAUGGCUGUUGAAAAAUACUCCAGGCUGCGGCUCCGAAAACCUCGCGUCUCCUCCAUUGACAUGGACUGCAAGAUGGCCAAUCGCCGUCUGAUCCGCCUGUCGGAGCUUCCUGAGCGCUUGGCUCGAGAAAAGCUGGAGGACAGUGACUGGGUGACGUUCGCGGUGCUGGUGAACAAAGCGACACCACAGAGCAACAGCAGUGGUAAAACCUUUAGCAUAUGGAAGCUGAAUGACCUCCACAAUCUUGAGGUCUACGUGUCCUUGCUACUGUUUGGAGAAGUUCACAAGGAACACUGGAAAACUGAAACUGGGACAGUCAUCGGAAUCCUCAACCCAAAUCCCAUGAAGCAGAAGGAGGGGUACGAUGGGGUGAGCCUGACGGUUGACCACCCUCAGAAGGUCUUGCUCAUGGGUGAAGCUGAGGACUUUGGCACCUGCAAAGCUGCGAAGAAGAACGGGGAACCAUGCUCUCAGAUCGUCAACCUGUACGACUGCCAGUAUUGUCAGUAUCAUGUCAAGGCCCAGUACAAGAAGAUGAGCUCCAAACGAGCUGAGCUGCAGUCGUCCUACUCAGGAAAGGCACCAAAUAAGUUGAAAGGCAAAGGUGGCGGUCUGAGGGAGCGGCUCUGUCAGGACGGAUUCUACUAUGGCGGCGUGUCCUCGGCCUCCUGCGCAGCCUCACUAUCGGCUUCCAAGCCCAGUAAACAGAAGACUCUGGACACACUGUUCGUGAAGGGCUCUGCUAAACUUGUCGAUCAGGCCAAGAGGCUUGCCCUGCAGUCUGGAGAAGUGUCUGGCUGCUCAAAGGAGUUCAAGAGCCUGAUGUCCAUGCCCACACCCGGAGCCCUGCAGCUGAAGAAACACCUGACUCAAGAGAAACCAGCUGUCUCGGCAGAUGCAGCUGGCUCUUCUGUUCAGUCCAUAUCCGCGUCAGACCUUCUGAAGCAGCAGAAACAGAGACAGCGGCAACUUCUCGAUGGCCGCAAGAAGAGGAUGGAGGAGAUCCAGAAGAGGGCGCAACAGAACUCUCCCUCGCCUUCCUUAAUGUCCCCAAAAGCUGCCUCAGAGGUUCCCAGGUCCACCUGCAGCCCGGGAACACCCAGCACGCCAACCCUGGGCCGAGGCUUCGCCGAGGGAGAGGACAUCCUCUUCUUCGAUGGCAGUCCACCGUCAGCACCGCCGGUCAGUGCUCUCAGCCUCUCUGCCGCCAAAUUGGCUGCACUGAAGAAGCUGAGGGCGAAAGGGUCGGGGCUGCAGAAGGAGGAUCCUAACUCUGUGAAGAGGAAGAGGGGCAACAGCAGUGAGAUCAACGCCAGAGUGGAGAAGAGUCUCACCUCACCCACGGGUGAGUCGUCCACCACUGAGGAUGAGCCGGCCCAGAAGAAGAAGAGGGAACUGGACUACGUUCAGUCUGAGGAGUUCCAGAAGAUUCUAAAUGCUAAAUCUCGACAUGGACUCGUACUACAGGCGGCGGAGUAUCAGCUACAGGAGCGCUACUUUGACGCUCUGGUGAAGAAGGAGCAGAUGGAGGAGAAGAUGAAGGGGAUCAGGGAGAUGAAGUGCCGUGCAGUCACCUGUAAGAAGUGCAGCUACACUUACUUCAAGCCGGCGGACCGCUGCGUGCACGAGAACCAUGACCUGCGCUGGCACGACGCAGUCAAGCGCUUCUUCAAAUGUCCCUGUGGACAAAGAGCUAUUGCUCUGGACAGACUUCCACACAAACACUGCAGCAACUGUGGGCUGUUUAAAUGGGAGCGAGAUGGAAUGUUGAAGGAAAAGGCGGGACCAAAGAUUGGCGGCGAGCUGCUACUGCCGCGAGGGGAAGAGCACGGCAGGUUCCUCAACAGCAUGAUGUAGAGUUAGAGGCUUGAGUCAUGUGAUCAUUGUCUUUAUUUAAACACCUUUUUAAAGAGUUUUAAUGUUUUUAUGGUCUUACUGAGCAUGAGUUGUACAUGUGGUAUCUGAUUAAAGCAAUA